GUUUUGUUUGCAGAACAGAGUAAUUGAUUCAUAAUGUAGUAGUUUUUCAGUCAGUUUAUAAGAUGGCUGCCUUAAAAAUUUCAUUUUUAACAUUAUUCAUCAUAUUGCAGGUGUGCAAAAGUGAGCCUGCUCCUAAACCUCUUGAUGAAAUCAAUGUUCAUUUUCAUCUUGAUUAUGAGAGUUCAGAGUCUGCUGAAGGAAUAGAGAAAGCCAAAGCAGGCAAAGGGGCAAAUAGAGGAGAUUAUGACAUGACCCCUGAAAUGAUGAAAGAAAUAUGGGAUAAAGAAGAGAAAGCCAAAGCAGGCAAAGGUGCAAAUAGAGGAGAUUAUGACAUCACCCACGAUGAAAUGAUGAAAGAAAUCUGGGAUAAAGAAAAGAAAGCCAAAGCAGGGAAAGGUACAAAUAGAGGAGAUUAUCCUCUUUUUGAAGAAGACUAAACUUGGUCGCAAUAAAACAGUAUUUUCUAUCAGUUUUGUAAGUUUGUUAUUAAUUAAUAAAAAAUAACAUAAGAAAGAAAAAA